AUGCACUUGAAAUCACAAAAUAGUGGAGUUUUAGUUGCAGGUGAUGAGAAUGCAGCUAGUCAAGCUCAACAAGUGUACUAUGUAAAAGACACCCAUGAUCCUAAUUGGCUUGUUGUAGUAAAAACAAAGCCUCGAGACUUAUACGAUAUGCCUGAGGAAGCUAUACAUGAGGUAAUCAAAGAAAGAAUUUAUGGAUUCUCGACACAG